ACACUCCAGCACAGUAGGUGGCGGUAUGCACCUACAAGUUGUUUGCGAUCCCCCAUUAAACAAGAGAAGAAGACGUUGCUAAUGUUGUCAUAUCGCUGUUGUGCUGCUGGGUCUUUGGAGGAUAGCAGCUUCUGCUCACACUGGGGGGUUAAAACAUGGCGUCUUCCUAUAAAAUCCCCAAAAAGAAAGGGUCUGACUCCGCCCCCCUGCACACGUCACCGCUGUCCCGCCUCCAGAGCUCCGCCCCUGAAUUUAAGAGUUACGGGCAUCAGUCCGGCAGAGGUGACAGGAUGCAUGCUGGGAGUUCUCUGGGCUCGUCAGCAGACAGACAGAGCGCGCCUCUCUUCAGGGACGUGGUCCGAUCACUGCUGGGCCUCAACGUCCCCGACAGAGGAGCAGCAACAGCCAAUCACAGACGAGGCUGGAGCAGCCAAUCACAGCCGGGACAGAGAGCCGAGUCGUCAUCCAGCUGCUUCUCAAACGGAUGGCGUCCUAAGAGAGCGUCAGACCGCCUGCUGCAGCCGGCCGUCCCGUCUCCUCCCCAGAAGAAGAGAAGUGAUCUCCAUGAUAAAAGCGUCUCCGUGGAGGCGCCGGACUCUCUGGCUGAGCAGCGCAGUGACGGGCAUGCUGGGAGUCUGAGUUCUCCGGCGUGGAGGAGAGGUGAAGGGCAUGCUGGGAGUCUGAGUUCUCCGGCGUGGAGGAGAGGUGAAGGGCAUGCUGGGAGUCUGAGUUCUCCGGCGUGGAGGAGAGGGGACGCUGCCAAGCCGAAGGGCGAGGCAGGAGAGAACUCUCCUCCCUCUGGGUCAGAACCAACCUCAGAAGACGACUUCGUGUCUCCGCCCAGAACCAGGAACGCAUUGAGGGCGCCACCGGGAAGGGGGCGGAGCCUAGAAGGGAGGCGGGGCCUGGGCGGGAGGCGGAGCCUGGACAGGACGGCCUGGCUCGCCGCCGGCAGGAACCUGAAGAAAGCGACUCCGACAGAACCCAUCGUUCUGUCCAGUGAAGAAGAAGAGGAGGAGGAAGGAGAGGAAGGAGACGGAGGAAAGAGGACGACACAAAGCUCAGAGCAGAGACCGACUCAGGCAGCUGGUUCUUCUGAAGGAGAGUCUGAGGAUAACAACCCACAGCCGUCCUUCCUGCAGCUGGACUUCACCUCGCUGCACGCCGGCCUCACGCAGGCCCACGCCAACGGAAAGAUCAUGAUCACUGACAACGGCAUCACUAUUCCUCUCAAAGGAUCAGAGGAGGGGGACGUUACCGUGGUUGCGUCUCAGGUUCGUGGUUACGGUGUGUGGGACGGUGGCGUGGCUCAGGGAGGCACCUUAUUGGCUGAUUGGGAAGGUCCCGCCCCCUCGCUGCUCUUCCUGUCGGUGACUGACCCUCAGGCUAACCUUCUGCAGAGAGAGAUGUCAGCCAUCCAGACCUCUGCUGGACCAACAG